CAACAAAUCCGUAUCCCGAGUCCGGCGACGGCAGUAUCCGAGCUCGCACUCGCGCACCCGUCCAUCGCAUCGCAUCUGUCCUCCCAUCCCCUCAGCGCCACCGCACCGCAAUCACACGCGCGCCACCCGCGAUGACGCCGGCGGCGGCGAUCUCCGGCUCCAGCAGCCACGUCGUCGUCUCCUCCGCCCGCCUCAGGCAGCCGUUCACGCUCCCUCCGCGCACCGCUUGCCCAAUCGCCGCCGCCGCCUCGCCCGUGACCCGCCGCGGGGUCGCGGUCGCCGCCGUGUCGAGCCCCGUUGUGUCCGCCGCCGCGGGGAAGGAUGCCAAACAGGCUCCUAAGGAUUUCCUUCAAAUCAUUGAUUUUGACAAGGAUACAAUAAUGAAGAUUCUUAAUCGAGCCAUCGAGGUUAAGGCAUUGAUAAAGUCUGGAGACAAGAGCUUCCAACCGUUCAAAGGGAAAACAAUGGCCAUGAUUUUUGCCAAGCCAUCAAUGAGGACCCGUGUUUCAUUUGAGACGGGAUUCUUUUUACUUGGUGGGCAUGCUAUUUAUUUGGGUCCAGAUGAUAUCCAGAUGGGCAAACGUGAGGAGACUCGUGAUGUUGCUAGAGUACUUUCUGGCUAUAAUGACAUCAUUAUGGCUAGGGUCUUUGCUCACCAAGAUAUUCUGGACUUGGCAAAAUAUGCAUCUGUACCUGUCAUAAAUGGUCUCACUGACUAUAACCAUCCAUGCCAGAUAAUGGCUGAUGCACUUACUAUGCUUGAGCAGAUUGGUCGUAUUGAAAACACUAAGGUUGUCUAUGUUGGAGAUGGGAACAACAUUGUGCACUCAUGGCUGCUAUUGGCUGCUGUGCUUCCUUUUCACUUUGUAUGUGCUUGUCCCAAGGGAUUUGAGCCUGACGCAAACACAGUGGAGAUCGCCAGGAGUGCUGGAAUCAGUAAGAUUGAAAUAACAAACAGUCCCAGGGAAGCAGUUAAGGGAGCAGACAUUGUGUACACAGAUGUUUGGGCCAGUAUGGGACAAAAGGAAGAAGCUGAUUAUAGAAAACAGAAGUUCCAGGGAUUCACGGUGGAUGAGGCCCUGAUGGAGAUUGCUGGCCCACAGGCCUACCUUAUGCACUGUUUGCCUGCAGAGAGAGGAGUGGAGGUGACUGACGGCGCCAUUGAGGCUCCCAACUCAAUCGUGUUCCCCCAGGCUGAGAACAGAAUGCACGCUCAGAACGCCAUCAUGCUUCACGUGCUCGGUGCUUAACUCUCCUAUUGCACACCAGUGACACGCUCCUCUUAGAUUAUUGGGCAUUGCUGUCUUGCUGAAGCAUUGAGGCUGUUUUGGCUUUAGGGCAUAUAUGAGAGCUUAGUUCAGACGAACUGUUUAGUAAGGUGAUAACGGUUCUUCAGGGUGGGAAUUUGUUGUGCUGUAAAGGUUUGGUAACCUGAAUAAAAAAUAAACUUAUGUGCUAGUUUCAUUCGCGAAUCAUGACAGCUUUAACAUUGAAAGACACGUUUGGCCGAGACCCUGGAUC